AUGUUAAAACUGAUGGAGAGUGAUGGAGUUGAGGUCAGGGAUUUGCAGGGCACGGAGACUAACGAGCCGUACGACUUCAACGAGCUCAUCGAAAAAGCCAACGAGUACUCCAACAAAGAUCCACCAGACGUCGUCGAAUUUUCGGAGAAGGCAUGGGGAGCAGCUGACCUUCAAAGCAUAGAAGUUGGAAAUGCGUGGGCCGAGGUCAAAAACUCGCGCUCGAGAUUCUAUGACAUUGUGAAGCUUAUGGUGAAGGAGGCUCGAGAAGCACUGUUGGAGUCGAUCAAGGGAAUGGCUGCCACGAUUGAACAAGCAGGAUUGAACAAGGAACUCAUCUCGAAAGGAAUCAAUCUCGACGAUCUUCUUAGCAAAUUUUUUCCAAAAUUCGAGCCUGUGUUUACUUGGCAGCCAGCAAUUAAGCACUUUGAACUGAACGAAGUCACUUUUGGAUCGACUUUAGUGUUUUGGGAAUGGAAAGAUGUUCUCGAAUUUUUCUCUCCAAUAAUCAGUUUCAAGCUGGUGAAUGUGACAGCGAAUUGUAAUGGGCGAUCGGAUAAAGUGAUCAAAAGGGAUUUGCUGAUGUGUUUGGAGAAACAUCAAAUCCCUCGUGUCCAUUUGAAUCGUCUCAAUUUCGACUUUGAGACGAAAGAUAAUACUGAACUGAAGUACAAUUUACCCAUUGAGUACUACGAGAAAGGGAUCUUUGUUAUUGACACCGACUCGUUGCUUAACGAGCUUGAGAGAUGGUAUCUCGGGAAACGCAAAAUCGAGUACUGGAGAAUUGAUGUGAAUUCGGAGAGAGCUUGGAAACAUUUAAAAGAAUGGAUCAAUCAAAAGGGAACUCAUGUCAAGAAAACCCAGCUCGGAUUCGUUGUAACGGGAGCCGUCAAGAAUCAAGCGAAUCAAUGUUCGCUCAAGAUGACGGAGAUGACCAAGAAGAUUCUUGUCAAUGGCAUCGAGGUUAUCGUUAAGAAGGAGGACUUUGGCGAUUUGGUUGGAAAGUUCAAAGAUGGAGUUCAAGUCGAAGAUUUGGAAGAUUUGCAGAGCACGGUGAUUCACGAGCCGUACGACUUCAACGAGCUCAUCGAAAAGGCCAAGGAACGUCUGGACAGAGGUCGAAAGGUGGCACACGGACCUCUACGACAUGAUGUUUAUGAGGAAGGGCGUUCGUACUUGGCUCACACCCAGGGUAAAAAGCACCAAGCUAACCUGGCUCGACGUGCGGCGAAGGAGGCUGCGGAACAACCGUUUUUGCCUGCUCCUCAACAAGCAAAAGUCGAUAUCAAGCGAUUUGUGAAGAUUGGACGUCCUGGUUACAAGGUGACUCGUGAGCGUGAUCCACAAACUGGACAACUUGCAUUACUCUUUCAAAUUGACUAUCCCGAAGCAUCAGACGGAGUCGUUCCUCGACACAGGUUCAUGUCUGCCUACGAACAGAAGGUUCAUCCACCUGAGAAGAAAUAUCAAUAUCUUCUUUUUGCCGCUGAGCCUUACGAGACGAUUGCUUUCAAAAUUCCAUCAAAG